GGGUAGGGGGGGGAGGGAAUUUGCUACCCAAACCCCCAUUUUUCCUUCCACCCGAUAGGAAACAGAUCCUGUUUAAGCGCUGUUCGUGGGAGGCUACAUAUAAAUAAAUAAAAGUCACCGCCUUUCUAUUCAGUCGCCGCGUGCGCAAAUGUGCAUCCACUUGGGCGGCAGGAGCCUCCUCCUCCUCCUCUCCUCGCAUUGAACUGCCGUGCGCAUCAGGAGUUUGAGGGAGGUUGGGAGGGGGGCGGGAGAACCAUUGGCCAUUAGCUGACGCGGUUACCGGGGCCAGGUGAGCUGCGAGGGAGAUCCGCGCGCAAACACACACACACACACACCAAAAAAAGAGACCGCCUGGGAGCAGCGCAUUGCACCGAGAGAAAAGUCCAAGUUCGGUGAAAUUUCAAAAGAGCCCGAAGGCGCUGCAGCUCCUGCUGGCGGCGUCGCCCGAGCCGGAACGCGACGCGGGCAUGGCCCAGCGCACAUGGCCUCACCCCGCAUGCAGCGAGCGUGCACCGGCCAUGGCCCAUCGGAGUGAAGCGCUCGGCGGAGGGCAGCGAUCGACGGCGGCGGCGGCGGCGGCCUCGGCACCGGCAGCGGCGGGGCGAGCGACGUUUUGCCGUUGCCAGCGCGCACCUCAGCGAUGGUUUUGAACGCCAAAUUGGUGGCGCUGGCCGUGGCUGUGGCGCUGGUUUCCUUGGUCCUCAACAAUGUGGCGGCGUUCACGGCCAACUGGGUCUACCAGAGUCUCGAGGAGGGUCGCCGGCGCAGCGUGGGGCUCUGGCGCAUGUGCUACGCCGGAACGGAGGGGAGCGGCGGGGCGCCAGCGCAGGGCGGCGAGGCCCCCGGGGAAAGGCAGGAGCAGAGGGGGCCCAGCGUCCCGUGCGUGAACUUGGGGUGGGGGUCUGACCCUGCGGGAUACCUGGAGUCGCAUGCCACCGUCAAGCUGCAAUUCGACAUGAUGCGGGGGUGCAACCUGAUUGCGAGCGCUGCCCUCUUCCUCGGCCUGCUGCUCUACGUGAUCACGUGGGCCCGGUCGCCCUGCCUCAACCCCAACACCGACUGGUGGGAGGAGGCCAUGGCGGGUACCUUCCAGCUGGCAUGCUUCGUGCUGGUGAUCGGUCUGGCCACGUUCUUCCGCGUGGGGCCCUACACGCAGCUGGCAUGGUCCUGCUACGUGGAGGUGGUGGCGUGCCUCCUGGCCACCGCCGCCGCCGCCAUGAUCAUCUGGGACGUCAUGCAGCUUCCCGACGAAUGCCUGCCUCCGCGUCAGAACAUCAUCAUCCGCCACCCGCUGCCAUCGCCCUGCCCGCCCAGGCCCAACUUCCAGAACGAGUAUGUGGAGACUCCCUGCUAGUCCCCGCUAGCCCCGCUGGCCCCCUUGCGAAGGGUCUCGGUAAGGAGAGGGGGUUGCCACCUCUUGAGGUACACACGCAAAAAAACCUGGACAUAUCAUGGGAAGAGGAAUAUUUCGCAACAACGGAAGAGGGGAGAGCUACGCGACAAACACAUUGUCUUGAGCGCUGAAUUAUCCCGCGGUGGACAAAAGCCGGGACUUUUCAUGCUACCGGGGAAGACUUGCAGCAUUCCCAGGACGGUUACCUCGACAAGAAGACGAUCCUGGAAAAACAACAGGACAGGUGGCAACCCUUGGUCUCGGGCCGGAGGUGUUUUACAUCAGAAGGGCAGAAACAUUACCCCUGCCCCCCUCCCCCCCCCCGGCCGCUCCCACCUCCCCCCCCCCCCCCGCCGCCACUGUCGCCGACUCCACUGCUUCCACAGCUCCCGCGACGACGAGGGAUUAGAGGUGCCAAGUUUUGGUCGCUCCUACCGUGGCAGGACUUGAAAGUGUUUCGGACGAGGGGGCCGCGAGGAACGAAACCGAGCGACUCGAUUGGACAGACUUCUCUGCCACCUGUCGUCGGGUUGUGGAGGGGGGAGGUGGGGGGGGGAGCGCUCACGGUGUCUCACGCGAAACGUCCACUGCGUGAGUGCGGCUCGUGCGGGAGCAAUCUCACCGCGGGCUCGCCGUCCUGAGAGGCGCGCGUGCCCUCCGUGUAUGCAAUUAUUUAUGGUAUAAAACACGCGCACGAGCGCACACACACGCGCACACACGCGCACACACGCGUCUGUUUGCCUUCAGAGGGCGCCGUGUCCCACCGUUGAAAGUAAAGAACGCCGUCGUUCUUUUCCUUUGGCGAUCGAUUAGCACGGCUAGCUACGUAUGGUGCGGGAGAGGUUCAACGUACAACAACUUAAUGAAUCUGUCGAGAUUUCACUAGACGCGGUCAUUGGCUCAUCCAUUCUACCAAAGUUGCUGGUCACAGUCGGAAAGCAAAUUCACUUGUGUUUUCUUCAAUGAUUAUACCAAAUAGGUCGUAUUGGCGGUACACAGGUGCAGCAUUACACACCGGCCCCCAUAAAACAGUUUAAAAUCUACAUUUGCACCGACAUUCAGUCUUGCGACUGCUUCGACAUGACGAGAACUGAUUUUGACGCACGACCCCGCAAGACUUUGGGAACGGGCUUUGCGAAUCGCGGGUAAAAUAAAUAAUUAUUGCGCAAAAAAUGUGCUUUUUUUUUUACAUAUAUAUACCACCCGUCACCGGUGUUCCGCCAAUACGUUCAAACGUCAGCCCUUUGCUGGAUGAUGGCCUCCCCGUGCCACGUCCAUCACGGGGCUGGCUUGCUUGCUUUGUCGUCGUCACUUUCACCACGACGAUCGAUGUCACGCCGCCGGGGUGGGCAAGCGGUGGGGACGAGCUCGGGACGGUUUCGGUAUCCCUCGCCACUGACGUCAUGUCCCUGGCCGGGAUUCGAACUCGGGUCGACGGGCGCGCGGACCGUGAUGCAAACCGCGAAGCCGCCGCUUAAAUUGAAGCUGGGCGGCAAUGGGUUCUCAACUUUAAAGGAGAGGUGGUUGUGGUUGUUGUUGUUGUUGUUUAACUCGUGGAGUAAACUCACUGGGAAAACAGUUCUCCGAUAGCCUUCGUACAAUUAGAUGAAGCUGCGAUCUUAAUUGGAAAUGCGUUGACAAAGAUCUCCAGGCGAUGGGGCAGAGAAGUGCAGUGUCCGUGGUGCUGCGAUUGUGCUUGUACUUCGAACCCUCGAGUUUUGCUGCACCUGUACACCGAGCACAUCCGUACGACGAACCGAACAAACAAAAAAACCGCAACUAAUAUUGUGUUAAACAACUAAUAUUGCCAACGGAUUUUCGUUACCUUUGUACCAAACUUGGUCUUAAUGAAAACGAAUGAAAACUCGGAAGCUCGUGGCAGUUCAACUUUUCUUGAGCGAGGGAGGUGGUUGGCAGGGGGAGGGGGGAGGUCAAAUGACGGCCCUUGCUGUUGGCGAACAAUGGACUAUGGAUUACGGAAGUUUGGAGAAGCAACUUUUAUACCCACGGGACUUGCCAGACAACAACCACAGCCCCCCCCUUACCCACCUCCGCCUUACCCCCCCCGCCACCCCACGAAGAGUUUGUCGAACGCACAGAGAAUUAUACGAGAUGAGGUAUCGUACGAGAUGCCAUGUAACCGUCAGGCACCGAAUGAAACGGUGCUGAUGGCACGGUGAUGCUAUGGCCCCGGCCGGUUUUUCGCGCAACUGUUCAAACGGCGAGACCCGUCCCGAGGAUUCUGCCGCGCCUGUUGUGCGCGCAUAUCCCUGUGCAUCUUCGUGAACGAUAACAAAAAAAAACCAUUGCUUUUAACCACGUAAGGUCCACUGAGCGAUACGGCUCUCUUUCAGAAAUGGUAGCCAAAUGAAGUGCUGUCCUUCCUCCGCACCUCAGAUUCGUACGGUUGGCUACGUGCGGUUGUCCACGUAUGAUUAGUGAGAAAGAACAUACGCACAUAUGCAUACAUACAAGUGGCUUAUCAUGUGGAACGUCAAUUCUGCACGAAGGUGCAAUUUUAAAUGGGCGUGCAUGCAGCCAGAUUUCCAGACACUUUCUGCAACGGGGGCGGACACUUUAGUUGAAUAAACUCCAGCUCCGGAAAUAAAAAUAUCGGGUUGACGUAUCAUGCAACGUAUGGGUAGCACUUACCACGAUGCAGCGGUAAGUGCUGCCCCUUUUACCCCGUGUCGACCAACCAGAGGUGGCUUGAAGGGAUCUCAGGGAGUAACCCCGUGAUAUCUGCUUCCGUGGGCUGGGGUCACACUGCUCUGGGAAAGAUCCGAAAGGAUACUUUGACUUAUGACGGAACCGCCAACAGCACAAUCGGGAUAACAUUGGGUGGGGGGGGGGGGAGUGUGGAAGGGAAAUGACAACAACAACAUCAAUACAGGGGCUGAGUGAGAGUUCAAAAGUUCAUAAAAUUGUUUGUCUUACGGUGUUAAAAGGCACACUGCAAUUGUGACCUGUGUGUGUAUGUUGAACUUAUUUCGCACCGUACGUAGCUAACCACGCUAAUUGGAGGUGCGGGCGAAGGACAACAAACUGAACACAAAAAAAGCAGUUCUGAAGAAAUUAGUUUUCAAUCAAUUAUUAAAAAAAAAAAUAAUGCAUAGCCUCCAGUAGCUUCCUAACAUCGGAAGGAAGAGCGUUCCAGACGGCUACAGAAGCGCGCCUGAAAAAGCGCGCGAUGUGGCGACCGAAUUUUCGGCAAAGCAGAAAGCGAAUGCGCGAGAUGCACAGCGGCGCACAGACACCACAGAGUGGACGGUUGAGAGUAGAUGGAUGUCGGAGCUGAAAUCUGAGAAUCACAAUUAGGCGACAUUCAUUUGAGGAGCUGAACAGCCACUCCAUCUUUUUACCGUCAGUCGAAAACAAUCAUUACCCCCCCCCUCCCACCACACCGUGUCCACUCUGAGCUUUGAGCUACUGAUUGAAGGAAACAAUGUACCUUCACUUUGCACAAGGAUGAGGUGAAGUUAAGGUGUUCACACUUUAUUUAUUAACGUUAUUUUAAAGGCUACCUAACAUUCAAUAGUAUUGCUAUCUCGCACUCGACGUAUGUUGCCCACCUACAGCAGAGUUGGACUCGUCUCCGGUUCAGUAUCCUGCGGGGAACGAGCAGCCGACAGAUGCGGGCGGUUAGCAAACUUUGUAAAAAUGGCAAAAAAGAACCCGUGUAUUAUAGUAUUUAAAUCGGUGGGCUGUUAUAAUCGUUGGACUGUUAAUGUAGCGAUCGCUUAAAACGUUCAGCCAUUGGGCAAUAAGCAGUUGUGAGAAUGGCAUAUCAAGGGGUUAACAAAGACGAAUAAGACAAAGACCCCCCCGGUAUAGCCUUAACAGGCUGUUGGGGGCAAGUGCUGUUAGCGAGCACCUAUGAAGGCAUAGACUCAUUCAAUGUCACCCGCAAGCGCAAGGAGCUAUAUUGCGACUGGUAGACAAGUAACGACGCAUCGCUUCAGAAAUAUAAAUUCGUACCCUCAAAUCAAUGACUUAAGGACAAAAUGCAGAAGUCACGCGAAUUUGCGUUUUGCGAUACUGCGUUGGCAGUGGCGCAAAUGGCAAAGACGUGACACGUUCGUCAAAAACAGUGCCUUCAAAUCAAAAGUAUGUGAUCGGUGACAGUUUUGGAAAAAUGGGGCCUAUGAAGGAGGGCCUAUUAUAUAUUCGUUUCCUUCUAGGGCCACGCAGCGCUACUGACGGAUGUGUUGAGAUGUUGCAAAACGUUACAGUUAGGGUAAUGGGGCCAAGGACAGAAAGCAUGACGAGACAGCACAACACGAGAGCACGGACGAGAUGGUUAAAAUAAAAAAAACGGCAAAUGAUGUUGAAUCAAUUCGUGAUCCUGUAUCGUUAGGAGUAAGGGGCGGGAGCGAGGGGUGCGGUGGAUCGUGACGCGACUGUUGAUUAUUAAACAACAACCGAGGCUUCGCGAUCAAAUCAACGGUAGCUUGAUAUGUUUCCAAAUCGUUUCGCAACCUUCGCAGAGCAGCACAUACGCAGUGUGCUCGGGGAUGGCCGCGCGGAAGAAGACAUCCAAGAACUACUGCCAUUUUUUAAUACACCACAAUGGCUGCUGAGUGACCGUUUGAAAGGUCAGAGCUGGAAUGCAGUCAAAUUAGGGUGAAAAUUUUAAUGCAAUUUGAUUUUAGUGUGCUAUCAUUGGUGACCGGGCUGAGAACGUCCAUUCGCUGCACUUGAGAAAUCCGGUUGAAUCACAAGUGGCUGAAAUCCGGAUUUGAACCGAGGGUCUUCGCAGUUGCGUCUCAUUUCAUUGCUUUGGCCUCUGAGCCACCCGGCCACUCAAGUGUCCAAAAACGUAGAAUAUUCUGAUAAAACUCACACAACUUGUCUUUUUUAAGAAGAAAAAAACCACACACCAUGAAAAGGAUGACCAUUCUAAAUGCAUACCAUGUAACGAAGAGUUAUUGUUUCCAAUUUUGCAGACAGAUAUUCCGCUAUAACUAUUAACUAAAUUUGCACGGCCAAAACCACAAUGUGCGUUGGGGGGCUUUUAGACUUGGUACACAAUUAUUUUGCCUACUACCCCGGAAAGCCAUGAAAGUUGUUCUAAGCAAAAGUGCAGCCCUGCGAUAGUUUCCUAACACCACUGCUGGCAGAAAGGGCCUUGACUAAAGGGAGCCCUAAAUUGGCCCUGUAGAUGGCAUUCGACCUAAUCUUCCAGACUGUCAAAGUGAUUCUACUGUGUAGUUUGUGUUUUUCAUUCUUAGGCCCCAGUCAAUGGAUGUAUAACACUGCGACGUAGAAAUAAUGGCCAGAGCCGACCGGUUGAUUAGGCCAAUGGGAGAAGCGGCCAUGCCACUGGGCCAGUUCGUGUGCAGUCGUUGAUUGGCUCAAUGGUCACAGCCGUGAGACAAUAAUCUGUGGGACAUUCUGAGCGCUGUAAAGGUGGGGAAUUUGAGAGGCCUGUGACACGACUCUCAAGAGCAGCCCACUGUGUGCUCGUGUCAUCAUCCAAAUCCCAACAUACACAUUUUUCCCAAAGCUAAAUUACAAAGCAAUAAUAUUUAUUAUAACAAUUAAAGAAAUAUUAACGGUCACUGCAUUGUACGUUGUGCCCAUGUCUCUCUCCCUUGCCAAAAAAAAAGGGAUAUUGUAUGUGAACGGGUGCUCGUACGGUUAUAAAUAAAACGUGAGUGAUUGACGUAAA